AAAGGCGGGGACUACUUGUGGAAAGGCCCCGGGCCAUAAGCGGGGCGGGGCUUCCCUGGAGACCAGUGCGCGGCCGCGGAGUUAGACACGCGCGUCGCUCCGCCCCCGGGGAGAGCCGGCGCCGCCAUGGAGGAGUACCAUCGCCACUGCGAAGAGGUUGGCUUCAAUGCUGAGGAAGCUCACAAUAUCGUCAAAGACUGUGUAGAUGGGGUUUUAGGUGGUGAAGAUUAUAAUCAUAACAACAUCAACCAGUGGACAGCAAGCAUAGUGGAACAAUCUUUAACCCAUUUGGUUAAGCUGGGGAAAGCUUACAAAUAUAUUGUGACCUGUGCAGUGGUCCAGAAGAGUGCAUAUGGCUUUCACACAGCCAGCUCGUGCUUUUGGGAUACUACAGCUGAUGGAACCUGUACUGUAAGAUGGGAGAACCGGACCAUGAACUGCGUUGUCAAUGUUUUUGCCAUUGCUAUUGUUCUAUAACUGACUAAAAAAUUUGGGCUAAAGCCAUUAAAUUAAAAAUUUGUCAGUGUAUCCUUUCGAAAAAGAGUAAUAGUUACUUAUUAAUGUGCUAGGUGACAAGUGUGCAAUAUGCUUCAAAGCUAUCAACAAAAACUGAAUAUUAUAAACAAGUAAUCUCAUAGUAAGUUGGAAGAUUAUCUCAUAUUCUAUACAGCAUAAUUUAAAUAGGAAAAAUUGAAUGUUAGAAAAAAUAAAUGCAGCAAUUUGGCAUGAAAUGAAAUACAAUCAUAUUAAUAUUUAUACCAGCUUUUCACUAACAUUAUGUACCUAAGGCUAUGGGGAAAUCCAUUCAGACAAUAAAAUUCUGUUUCAGCUAGAGAAGUUACUAGGGAUAAAUAUAUGAAUGAAAAAGCUACAGGGAUAAAUAUGGAGAGAAUGAUAAGAAUUAGCUAACAUCUUUUAGGGUUUUUUUUAUUUCUUCCCCUCACUUAGUUGUACCUAAUAUUUAGUGGAAAGUAACUUUGUUCCUUUAUUUUCUAUCAACUAGUACUACAGUAGCAACCAUGGUUAACUUGUUCACUUUUUCUGAGAAUUGGUAAAUUGAUUUUGUUAUUUCAAAUUUUUGGAUUUACACUUGAGGAUGAAUUAGGUAACCCAAAUUUCCUAGUUAAACAAAAUUAGUUACAGUGUAUGAUGAACACGAUGUGACUCAAACAGCUGCCUUACAGUUCACUCAUGCCAUGUGGAACAAACAUUUAUUGAAUGCCUAUUAUAAGCAUAUUUAUCUACUAAGCAUUACAGUUACCAAUGUGCUGUUCAAAUGUUAAGUUCCUUUUAGCAACUGUUCAGUUGAAAAAAUAACAAUUAUAUUUGGGGGAAGAGAAAAAGGCUUGUUUUGCAAAGUUGGAAAAAAGCGAAUCUGGCUAUAUAUGUAAAAGUAAGCAAAAUGAAAAGCACUUACUGCUGACAGACUUAUAGAUAUAAUUUUAAGAGUUGCUCCUAGCAAGUUUAAAAAUGCAUAAAAUAUGCAACUCUUAGUUAAAGGCCUUAUUACCAUUCUUAAGUAUACAAGUAGUAAAUUUUUUCAUUGCUUUAGUUACAACCAUCUGUAAAUAAUUUUAAAUACUUAUUUUGUGGGGUUUAAGUUGAGUGGAACAAAGUAUAGAUUAAAAGUAUACAAUCAUUAGUAGGUUAUCUAAUAUCUCAGGGCUUGUGAAAUGUAAUUAAAUUUAUUAAGAAAAUAAAAGAUGAAAAAUUAGGGUACACAGCUGGCUACCAAAUGCAAAGUCAAUCUGCUAUUAAACCUUGAAAACAAAAUCAAUUUUGCAUAUUACCGCUAACACUAAUACAUGUAGAGAGUGGAAUGAUAAUUCAUUGAAUUUGGGGGGAGAAAAAAGCUUAGUAUUAGUACUGACAGUAUUAAGGGAGUAUUCUUGUAGGAAUACUAUAUGCAUGUUUGAUAUUUACUGAAUAACGAUCAUCAUUCAGUGUUUAAGAAGAAUCUUAAAGGAUAAAAUUUACUGAGGUGAUCUACAUUUUUGGCACAUCAAAAAUUCAUUACCUUUAUGUUACUUUAUGCUGCUGGCUUUUGUGCCCUUGAAGGUUAUAAUAGUGACCAAAAUAUCUGUGCAGUAAAGACUUAUUUUUUAUUAUUGUUGUUGAAGCCUGAUUUUAAAAAAGAUAAUCAAAUCAUACCUCGUGAACUUGCUAUCUGCUCUGUUUCUAGUUAAAAUAUAAUAAAUAUUAUCUUCCUGUGCUGUA